AUGAAUGAAAAUAACCAUUAUCAAUAUGGCAUCAAAUCGACUUUAGCUCAGUGUUGGGCAAUAUCAGGAGUAUGGUUCUUGCAACUCCAACUCGGUGCACAAGUUAUGAUAUCGACCGUAGUUAUUGGGGCCAUAGAGAAUAAUAACGCAUCCAAAGACGCAAACGAAUCUUUGAGUAUAACAAGCGAAGAAGCCUCUUGGUUCGCCAGUCUGUUAUAUUUGUUCACACCCGUGGGAAAUAUUCUGUCUUUGCUUUUACUGGACCGAUUUGGCCACAAGAAGUGUAUGAUACUGACGAACAUACCGAGCAUAAUAGCACAGAUCAUAUUGUACUUCGCCGAAAACGUAGAAAUACUGUACACCAGCUCAAUCCUGAUGGCAUUGACUUUAGGGUUUUCGAACGCGCCGAGUCUCGCGUACGCCGGUGAAGUAUGCGAACCAAAACUAAGAGGCGCUUUGACUUCGGCACUGAACGUAUUUUACUACGGUGGAUCCAUAAUUUUGACCAUGGUGUACAGUAUUACCAUGCAAUGGAGAUUGACAGUGCUAUUGACCACGGCUUUUCCAAUUUUGACCAUUGCUAUAUUAUUAACGACACCAGAUUCUCCGAUGUGGUUAUUGGCUAAAGGAAAACAUUCAAAAGCACACCGAAACCUCAGCCGGUUGAGAGGGAAAGUUUCGUACGAAAAAUGUGAAAACGAAUUCCAAGAAAUGGUCAGAUACAACUCGCCCUCCAACAACGACGAACCGAAUCAAAAAGAAAAUACGAAUGUUUGGAAACAUCUUUUUGAGCCCGAAGUCAUAAGACCAUUUCGUUUGAUGACGAUAUAUUUUUUUUUCAUGAAUUUAUUGUCUGGAUUACCAUUAUUACCAUAUUUAGUAUCAAUACUUAAAGAAUUUGGAGCACCCGUGAACGUCGAAUGGACAAUAUCAUUCUCGAUGGCUCUUUCUAUAGUAGGAAGUUUAAUGGCAGUUUUUCUAAUAAGGAAACUAGGCAAACGAUUUCUCACUUUGUUUACGUUAUCGAUUUGCUCCGUUUGCUACAUAGCUAUUGGACUAAUCGGUGUCUAUUGGAAAAAUGCAAAACCAACAACCUCUUGGAUAGUACUAAUACUUUUUCUUGCUACUAUUUUAAUAUCAUCAAUUGGAAUAACGCCAGUUUCGUGGACUCUUGUCACCGAAAUAUUUCCUGCAAAGAGUAGAAAUAUUUUAUGCAGUGUUUGCACGGGUGUCUGUUUUAUUGUCACUUUUUUCAUGGCAAAAUAUUACCCGGAGUUGUCACUAUUAGUGGAAUUUUAUAAUUUAUUUACUAUAGUUGGUAUUGUUGGUUUAUUUGGUUGUAUAUAUUUUUAUUUUUGUCUACCAGAAACCGAAAACAAAACCUUACAAGAAAUCACGGAGUUUUUCAAAUAG